AUGGCUUCCGCUAAAUAUAUUGGAUCUCCGCCGGUGGAAGAAGCUGAUCAAGGCCGCGAGAUCAGAAUUUCGGGGCUAGAGUUAGAGAGUAGUGGCGGUGACCAUAUUAUUAGUGAAAUGCAAAAAAACCAACAAGGCGAAGAAGAGGAGGAUUUACUUAAUUACAACCAACUUGGGACUAGUGUCGGUGUAGGAGGUCCGUUUGUAACGUGGGAGGACUUGUGGGUCACCGUUCCCGACGGAAGAACGAAACGGAGGAGAUCCAUCCUCGGAGGAGGGGUCACCGGAUUUGCUCGUCCCGGCCAACUUCUGGCUAUCAUGGGUCCUUCUGGUUCUGGCAAAUCCACUCUUCUUGAUGCGCUAGCUGGAAGGUUGGAUCCCAAUACAACGCUAAGUGGUGACAUUCUGAUAAAUGGCCGGCGACAACAACUGGCUUAUGGAACAUCGGCCUAUGUGACUCAAGAUGAUGCUCUGAUCACAACCUUAACGGUAAGAGAAGCUGUAUACUAUUCAGCUCAACUUCAGCUGCCAAGUUCCAUGUCCAAAUCCCAGAAAAGAGAAAGAGCAGAAAUGGUCAUAAAGGAAUUCGGACUGCAAGAUGUAAUGAACACCAGAAUUGGAGGAUGGGGAGCAAAAGGCCUCAGCGGUGGCCAAAAGAGAAGAGUUUGCAUCUGCAUUGAGAUUCUUACUCGCCCCAAGCUUCUGUUCCUUGACGAACCCACUAGCGGGCUUGACAGCGCCGCAGCGUACUAUGUAAUGAGCAGAAUUGCGAGACAGAGAAAAGGGAAAACUAUUGUGGCUUCCAUUCAUCAGCCGAGUUCUGAAGUUUUCGGCCUGUUUCACAAUGUCUGUCUUUUGUCUUCUGGCAGAACUGUGUACUUUGGCCCUGCUGAUGCAGCAAAUGAGUUUUUUGCAGUGAAUGGUUUCCCUUGCCCAACUCUGCAGAACCCCUCUGAUCAUUUCUUAAAUACUAUUAACAAGGAUUUUGAUGAGGAUAUUGAAGAAGGAUUGUCGACGAAAUUGCCCACAGAGGAAGCCAUUCGUAUACUUAUCAAUUCCUACCAAUCUUCUGAAAGUUGCAAAGAGGUGCAGAAGCAGAUUUCUCAAAUAUGCAUGAAUGAAGGCGAAAAAUUGGAAGAGAACAGAGAGAAGGUCAGUUUCAUGGUUCAGUGCAUUGUUCUGACCAAAAGAUCAUCCAUCAACAUGUUUCGUGAUAUUGGAUACUACUGGAUGCGACUGUUUGUUCAUAUCGCAAUAGCUUUAGGUCUUGGCACCAUCUUUUACAAUGUUACUGAUCCUAGUCCCUCUUCGGUUCAGGCAACUGGGUCGAUCCUAAUUUUUGUGUCCUCUUUCCUAACUUUCAUGGCCAUUGGUGGAUUCCCUUCAUUUGUGGAGGAAAUGAAGGUGUUUCAACGAGAAAGACUGAACGGCCAUUAUGAUCCGAGCGCAUUCGCAGUCGGAAACCUGUUGUCUGCAUUUCCAUUUCUGCUGCUUAUAUCACUAAUUCCAGGGACCAUUGCAUAUUUUCUCACCGGAUUUCAAAGUGGACUUGAUCCUGGGAAAGUAAUUGACCAUUUCUUCUACUUUGUAACCGUUCUGUUUGCGUGUAUGAUGUUGGUGGAAAGCCUAAUGAUGGUGAUUGCGAGUUUAGUACCUAAUUUCCUCAUGGGAAUCAUACUCGGCUGUGGGAUUCAAGGCUUGAUGGUACUGACCGGAGGAUUUUUCCGGUUAACCGACGAUUUACCAAAACCAAUUUGGAAAUACCCACUCCACUAUGUUGCCUUCCACACAUAUGCAUUCCAAGGGUUGUUCAAGAAUGAAUUUCUGGAUCGAAUGUUUCCCAAUUUUCUUGGAGACAGCCCAUCAAGAAUCAGUGGUGAAGUUGUCCUGAAAAACACAUUUCAGAUCAAAAUAGGACACUCAAAAUGGGUAGAUCUUGGGAUCUUGUUUGGAAUGGUGAUCAUAUAUCGGUUCCUGUUCUUUGUUAUUGUCAGAGCUGGUGAGAAGAUUAAGCCUGCUAUAAGAGCAGCAUUGAUGUCAGUUCAACAAAACCAGGCUGUGCAAAUUGUGGGAACUGAGUCAACUUCAGUUGGAAAUUCACCAUUGAUAUGA